AUGGGUAUCCGUCCCGCAACCGAAACAGACCUCCCAGCCCUGAAGGAUAUCGUCCUCAGUGGUCUCUCCAACGACUCCAUCUGGCACUACUGCUUCUCCAACUGUUCUACGUCGGAGGCCGGAGACUACGUCGAGAGCAUUCUCAAAAAGUGCCUCGAGCCCCGAAACUCCAACUGGCUCGUCUCCGUGGUCGAUGCCCCCAAGACACACAAGCCUGUGGCCGUGGCCGUCUGGCAGAUGCUCCACGAGAACGACAGCGAGGAGAACAGCGUCGCUAAUCAAAUUCACCGAGUCCUCGAUGCUCCCAGCACCGCCAGGGACAAGGUGGCGAAGCGAAUUGCAGCACUACAGGCGGUCGUCACACAGACGCAGCAGACAUACCUUGCCCGCUACGGCCAGCUAAUGUUUAUUCAUGCCGUCAUCACGCAUCCCCACUACAAGCUCCGGGGCUUCGCCAAGCUCCUGUGCAAGCAGAGCCUGCAGGUGGCGCGGCAAAAGGGCCUCGUCGCGGCGGCCCUGGCCAGCCCCUUCAGCGGCUACGUCUUCUACUCGGGCACCAGCUUCUCCAACUGCGGGUGCACCGUCGUCGAGAUGGCCGAGGGCGAGCUCGACAAGAUCGAGCUGCAGAUCAUGGUGUGCUCGCCGCCCAGGAUGCCCGACUCGAGGCGGAGCUCGUUUAUGGGGUUUCUGGGGUUCAAGGCGUCUACCCCGAGCUAG